AUAUUGAAUCACAAUCAGCCUAAGAAACUCCCACUAAAUCAACAACCACAGCAAGUAAUACCAUUGAAUCAGCAAGUACAACAAAUAUCUCAACAACUACACUUACAAUAUCAAGCAUCAUCACAAUUAUUAGAACAACAACCAUCACAACAACAACAAGCAUCAUAUAGACCAACAAAUACCACAAGUAUAUCGACAAGCACCACAACAACAAGUACCACAAGUGUACCACAAGGCAUUACAACGACAAACAACAACAAGUACCACACAUUGUACAUACAAGUACCAACGACGACAACAGCAAGUAUCACAAAGUAUACCCACCAAGUACCUCAACAACAACAAGCAUCCCUAAAAACAACAUAUAGUCAAUACCAAGAAAUAUAA